AUGGAGGCGCAAGAGAUCUUGGCAAAUAUUGCCUUCACUACAUCAGGAGCUCUCGUAGAUCUAGUGGACAAGAAAGUCAUUGUAGUAUUGCGAGAUGGUCGCAAGCUGAUCGGUAUUUUGAGGUCUUAUGACCAGUUCGCAAACCUUGUUUUGCAAGAGACUGUGGAGCGCAUUUUUCUCGGCAACAGGUAUGGUGAUGUGCCAAAAGGUCUAUACAUUGUGCGCGGUGAAAAUGUUGUAUUGAUGGGUGAAAUCGAUCUUGACAAGGAAGAUGAGGUGCCGCAAUCUGUUGCAUCUUCUAUACCCAGCUCUGCUAUUCCCCAACUACUUGAAGCACUUGCUGCUGAACAUGAAUUCAAGGAAAAGUGGGAGCAACGCCGCAAUGCAGUUUUGCGACGAGAGCGCGGUUUCUCGGGUGAAGGUGCAGAAGGUGAUAGCUAUUAA